AUGUGUGGGGAAUGUGGAAAGAGUUUCAGUGUCAGCUCCACCCUUUGCAAACACCAGCGCAUCCACACUGGGGAACGUCCCUACAUAUGUGGAGAAUGCGGGAAGAGCUUCAGGCAGAGUUCCAAACUCCACACCCACCAGCGCAUCCAUACCGGGGAACGGCCCUACUUGUGUGGGGAAUGUGGGAAGAGCUUUAGCCAGAGCUGCAGCCUCCGCACCCACCAGCACAUCCACACUAAGGAAUGGCCCUACAAGUGCUUGGAAUGUGGGAAGAUGUUUAGGACCAUCUCAUAUCUCCUCAGGCAUGAACAGAUACACACGGAUGAGAGGCCCUUCUGCUGCACUGACUGCGGGAAGACCUUCAAUGAGAACUCCAACCUUGUCACCCACCGGCGCAUCCACACUGGGGAACGGCCCUACACGUGUGGGCAAUGUGGGAAGAGCUUUAGCCAGAGCUCCAACCUCCACACUCACCAGCUCAUCCACACUGGAGAACGACCCUACAAGUGCUUGCAAUGUGGAAAGAGGUUUCAGACCAGUGGGAAUCUCCUCCUGCAUGAGCGGACGCACACGGAUGAGAGGCCCUUCCGCUGCACCGACUGCGGGAAAGCAGAACUCCGCCCUCGUCACCCACCGGCGCAUCCACACCGGGGAGAGGCCGUACAAGUGUGGGGAGUGUGGGAAUAG